AUGCCAGCACCAGCAGCCUUGCCGGGAGCAAGCACCGAUGGAACUUGCAGGGGCAAAGGUGCUGGGCGAGGCAAAGGGCAGGGCAAGAAGGGCAAAGGUGGCCGUGGUGAUGCUGCUAAGGGUGAUGGCAAGGCUGCUGGAAAGGGCAAGGAUGCAGAGCUGCAGGAGCCACGUGUGAAGAAUGCGGUGCAGGAGGCAAAGAAGGUCAUGAAGACAGCGGCAGACCAGAUUUUGGAAUGCAGGAGCUGGGAUGCGCUCCUUGCAAACUCCAGCACGUAA